UAUUUUAGGACAAGACCAGAGUUGUGUCUCCUAUUAUUGAUGUAAUUAAUAUGGACAACUUCCAGUACGUGGGGGCGUCAGCUGAUUUAAAAGGCGGCUUUGAUUGGAACCUGGUGUUCAAGUGGGAUUACAUGACACCAGAGCAGAGAAGAGCACGGCAAGGAAAUCCAGUUGCUCCCAUAAAGACACCCAUGAUAGCUGGUGGGUUAUUUGUGAUGGACAAAUCCUAUUUUGAAGAACUAGGAAAGUAUGACAUGAUGAUGGAUGUUUGGGGUGGAGAAAACUUAGAGAUCUCAUUCAGAGUUUGGCAAUGUGGUGGGAGCCUAGAAAUCAUCCCUUGCAGCAGAGUGGGUCAUGUAUUCCGCAAACAGCAUCCUUACACGUUUCCUGGUGGGAGUGGUACCGUAUUUGCAAGAAAUACACGCAGGGCAGCAGAAGUCUGGAUGGAUGAGUAUAAAAAUUUCUAUUACGCAGCAGUGCCUUCAGCCAGGAAUGUACCUUAUGGCAAUAUUCAAAGCCGAAUGGAACUCAGAAAGAGACUUAGCUGCAAACCCUUCAAGUGGUAUCUUGAAAAUGUUUAUCCUGAGUUGCGGGUACCUGAUCAUCAAGAUAUAGCUUUUGGAGCUUUGCAGCAGGGUACCAAUUGCCUUGACACUUUGGGCCAUUUUGCAGAUGGUGUUGUUGGAGUUUAUGAAUGUCACAAUGCCGGGGGAAACCAGGAAUGGGCCUUAACAAAGGACAAGUCGGUGAAACACAUGGAUUUGUGCCUUACUGUUGUGGACAGAGCACCUGGUUCGCUAAUUAAACUUCAGGGCUGUAGGGAAAAUGACAGCAGACAGAAAUGGGAACAAAUUGAAAGCAAUUCUAAACUGAGGCACGUUGGCAGCAACCUCUGUCUAGACAGCCGAAAUGCCAAAAAUGGUGGUCUCACCGUCGAGAUCUGCAGUCCUUCUUUGUCACAACAGUGGAAAUUCACACUUAAUCUGCAGCAGUAGAAGGACUCGCAAGCAAAAUGCUGUUUCGAUUCAUAGACGUUGGGCAAAGUUUUGAUUGAAUUACUGAUGUAUUUCUUAAAACUUUCCACGGAACUUAUAUACCUCAGUAUUCCAUCUUUAUCUGAAAGUAGGAGAGUGCUGAAGCAGACACCAGGGAUCCAGGGGACUUGGAGCACUGCAAAGAUGUCACUGAACAUGGCUGCGGCACAAUUCCUUCUAGGAGUGAAGACUUCAAUGGUUCCUUUCUGUCUUCAGUUAUGUACUUGCACAGCAGAUAACUAACUCUAGGAACAACUGAUGUAUGAUAAAAAAAAGGAUCUGAAGAAACACCUGUGGGGAACAGGGUGUGGGAGGGAGGGUGGGAAAAAUUACUAGGAGAAGGUCAUUUGCAAACUCCACUUGCAUAGAAAUCAUGGUUUGUCGUUUCCAGAAACAGAAGUGUCAUUUUGAAGGUUUUUUUCCUCCUGUGUGUACUUGGUAAUUUGAAUAUGAACUUUUAUAUGAUGGACUCUAAAU